AUGAAACUUUUCCUGUCAUUUUUAGCCGGAUCGGCUUUGUCCGAAUCUUUCGAGGGCCACAAGCUCGUGAAAAUCAAUGCUGAUGCCAGAGAAAAUUUUCACUUUGACUUGUUGAAGAACUCCCGGGUUUUUGAUGAAAACAAGGAGGAGGUUCGCAUGCUGAUUUCUCCCAAGGACUUUAAAAAGUUCGAGAAGCUAGUCAAAAUCCAAGGAGCUGACUAUCAAGUCCUUCAAGAAAAUGUCCAGAGCUUGAUCGACGCCGAUCUUGAAAAACGCGCAGCGCGUAAGUUCGAAUCUCCCGCCAACUACGCCUACAACGAGUACCUCGACUUCGACGAAUGGCAAGACUGGCUCGACCACGUGACAACUAAUCAUCCUAACGAAAUCUCUCCUCAAAUCUUCGGCUACACUGUCGAGAAUCGCCCAAUUACUGGUCUAGCAAUCCCCGCGAUUCCAGAUCCAAACAAGCCAAAUAUCGUUGUUGAUUGUGGCAUUCACGCUCGAGAAUGGAUCUCGCCAGCUAUGUGCCGCCUCUUCAUCCACGAGCUCAUGAAAUGCUCAGAAGAGCACAACUACGAUAAUAAAGGCUCAAAAAAUCUAGAAAUUUUUUUUUCGCCUGAAAAAAGAUGCGACCCGACUAUCCGAGACGAGUUCAUGCAGCUCUACAAUUGGUGGGUCAUCCCAAUCUACAAUCCAGACGGUUACGCCUACACCUGGUCGGACAAUCGAAUGUGGAGAAAAAACCGAUCGAGCUCGGUAAACGGCCAAUGCUUGGGAACCGAUCUCAAUCGAAAUGCUGAUAUUGCUUGGGGAACUGAAGGCGCUUCCAGCAAUACCUGCUCUGAAACCUUCCACGGCGACGCGCCCAAUUCGGAGAAAGAAACUCAAGCCGCCAUGGCUGCUCUUGAAUUCAUCAACAACUACACAAACAAUGGCAAAAUUCAUGCUUAUGUUUCUCUCCACAGCUAUUCGCAGAUCAUCAUCUCUUCUUACGCCGUCUCCAAAAACGUCUACCCCCAAGACCCGAAAAAUCUCAAUCACAUGACCCGAGCUGGCGGCCUCGUUGCCGAAGCAAUGAGCUCCGUCCACGGCCUCAACUACGGCUACGGCCAAGCCCGGGACAUUCUUUACCCAUCCAGCGGAUCGACAAAGGACUGGAUGCUGGAUGUCUACGAUGUCGACAUGGCAUGGACUUGGGAGUUGCGAGAUACUGGCGAUUUCGGAUUCUUGCUGCCGGCUGAUCAGAUUAUGCCGCAGUGGGAAGAGUUCCAGGCGGGCAUUGUUGCGCUCUUCAAAUACUGUCGCGAUUAUUUGAACUAG